AGAAGAGGUUAAAUCGGUGGGGAUUUGUCGUCAGCGCUUCUUCUAUUCCUCUCGUCUCUCUCGGCCGGCUGUAUCUCUCCGCUCUCCGAGCUCCGUCUGACAGCUGCUACUCGGCGAUCUUCUUCUUCCGCAGAAUAAAUAUCCAACACCGACAAAAUGGCCACCGUAAAAGCCAGUAGAAACUUCAAUGCCACUGAUGAUGCUGAGGUCCUGUACAAGGCCAUGAAAGGGCUGGGGACCGAUGAGGAAGCCAUCUUGCAGCUGUUGGUGGCUCGCAGCAACGUCCAGAGGCAGGACAUCAAGGUCGCCUUCAAAACUCUGUUUGGAAAGGACCUGGUAGAUCGGCUGAAGGGAGAGCUGGGGGGCACAUUUGAGGCCCUGGUCGUGGGACUGUUGACCCCGCCCCUCGCUUAUGACGUGUCGUUGCUCCGCAACGCCAUAAAGGGAGCAGGAACCGACGAGAAGGUCCUCGUGGAGAUCCUCGCCUCCAGAACACCUGAGCAGGUGAAGGAAAUGGUCGCUGCGUACAGGAAAGAGUAUGACGACGACCUGGAGGAAGAUAUAUCUGGGGACACUUCAGGUCACUUUCAGAGACUUCUGGUUAUUUUGCUGCAGGCGAACAGGCCGACGGGGAUCCAGCGGGAAACCAUCGAGGCCGACGCUGAGGUGCUCUUCAAGGCAGGGGAGGAGAAGUUCGGCACUGAUGAACAAACGUUUGUCACCAUCCUGGGAAACCGGAGUGCAGAACACCUGAGGAAAGUAUUUGAUGCCUACAUGAAGUUGACUGGAUACGAGAUGGAGGAGAGCAUCAAGAGGGAAACAUCUGGAGGCCUGGAAGAUCUGCUUCUGGCCGUCGUCAAGUGUGCCAGGAGCGUUCCGACCUAUUUUGCUGAGACUCUGUACUAUGCAUUGAAGGGUGCCGGAACUGACGAUAACACCCUGAUCAGAGUGAUGGUGACCCGCAGUGAGGUGGACUUGAUGAACAUCAGAACUGAGUUCAGGAAGUUGUCUGCCUGCUCUCUGUUUUCCAUGAUCAAGGGAGAUACCGGUGGCGACUACCGAAAGGCUCUACUAUUGCUCUGUGGUGGCGAUGAUGAGUAACCGGGGCAACAAGCAAGACAACAGGGACCACGCCUGAAGUGCCUCUUCUCUCAGAGUCCAAAGCGACGUCAUGUUCUUGUGCGUGAGAGACGGCCCAUCAGGUCUUUGUAAAAUAUUACUCCUAAUAAUGUCUUUCAAAUGUAGCUAACACAUUCUGUAACUUUUGGCCGACUAACAUCUUCAAUAUGACAAAUAUGAUAUCAAGCAGUUGUAAUACGAAAGCACUAGACUACAUUUGUUUUGUUUGCACUUCGUAAGGCAGGAACCAUAUCUGCACUAAUAAACAUUUCAAUUGAUAAUGUU